AUGAGGGUCUGUUGCGGCCUUCUUCUUCUGCGCAUCUCCUCUCGGCUGCCCACUGCUGCUCACCGCUGGACCAGUCGAACGUCUACGAGGAAGACUGGUGGCGCAGUCUGCACUGCAGCCGUCAUCGCUGCUCCAGACGCAGGCGCUGCUUUCAUUCAAGACUUAGCCAUCGCAAGGGCUGCCGUUGCAACAGCAACGCCUGCCGCCAUUCCGGCCCUUCCCGCACGGACUGCAAUAUUGCAAAGCACACUACCACCACCUGCUCACUCCGCCAAACCUGAAUCAACAGCCAUAACAGGAGGAGGAGGAGGGGCCUUACGGGCCGGAAGCACUAUCCUGCGUCUUGUUUUUUGUGGUAGCGAUCCUUUGGAAAUAUCUGCAGCAAUGACACGCGCGGGGAAGCCUGCGGAGGGGGCAUCCGCAGUUCCUGCAACUCUGGAAUACGAAGGCCAAAUGUUUUUAAGGGAGCGCCUAUGUUUAUCGCUCCUCUCUGGGAGGGAAGUAAGGAUUCGGCAUAUUCGGGAGAAACCUUCUGCUGCUGUUGCUACUGCGGCUGACGCUCUUCCAGGCUUGCAGCAGUACGAGGCAAGUUUUAUUCGGUUGCUUUGCAAGGUUUCUGCGGGAUCGGAGGUGUACAUACACCCGACGGGCACCUCGCUGCGUUUUCGGCCGGGGGUGUUGAUGGGGGUAUGCGCCGCUGCAGCGGGUGGUAACACGGCAGUAGGGCAAUCAGCAGCAGCAGCAGCUGCUGCUGCUGCUCCAGUGACACACAAUUGCCACGCGAGUCGUGGAAUCAGCUAUUAUUUGGAGCCGUUGCUCAUGCUGGCUCCCUUCUGCAAAUUCAGGAUGUCUGUGCUGCUGCGGGGACUGACGGAUGCGGCAGCUUCCGACGCCUCCGUCGACUUGGUGCGUCUGCAGCAGCUUCCCUUGCUGCAGAGCUUGCUGCAGCUCGCGGGGGGGGAGGUAGCAGCGGCUGCAAAAGCCUCUCCUCCUGAAAUCAAGGUGCAUUGUCGAGGCGUUCCAGGUGCUCCCUUUGGUGUUGUCUCCUUCAAGGGACCACAUGUAGCAAGGGGACCAAUGCAGCCUCUCAGCCUUGUGAGCGAUCGAGCGCCUCCUGUGAAGAGAAUUCGGGGAGUUGCUUUUUCUUCGGGUGUCUCUGCAGCCUUUCCAAGGCGGACCGUUGCCGCUGCACGCAGUGUCUUGAAUGCCUUGCUGCCUGAUGUCUGGAUCUACGUGGAAGAUGCCUCUGCUCCCCCCGCGCGUGGAUCGAAGGCGCUAACCACUGCCGCGGUGUCUGCUGCUGCAGGGGCAGCAAGUGCGCAGCAGCAGCAGCAGCUGCAGCAGCUGCUGCAGGAGCAGAAACAGCUGCUUCGGAGCAGCAAGGUUGCUUCCGUAGGGCUGGUGCUGGUUGCGGAGGAUCUUAAGGGAGGCUGCAGAGCUGCAAGCGACGCGAUCCUCCUGGAUUCAGCUACAGAGGCGAAGGAUGCUGCUGCAGCGGCAUCGCGUGCAACGAGCAACAGAAAAUUGCAAGUGCUGCUAGAGGCCGAGGCAAAAGCCACCAAAGGAGGAGCAGCAGCAAAUGCAGGAGGCAUAACGACAGCUGAGGAGCAGCUAGGCAUCCGCGUCUCUCGGCUUUUGCUGCUGCAGCAGAUGCUCGGAGGGAGAGUGCCUCCAAGAGCUCAGAAACUUGCACUGCUUUUCGCUGCCUUAGCUGCUGAUCAUGCGCCUUCCCAGGUGCUGCUCUCUCGAUUAGUGCCAGCUUCUGUUGGUUUCUUGAGGCUUCUACGAGACUUUUUUGGUGUAGCAUUCACGUUCACUGAAAAGGCUCAGCAAGAAGAGGUUCAGGAGGAGCAUCAGGAGCAAGAGUCUGAUGACGAGGAGGACGGGAGUAUGAAGAACGGCCCUUCAAAUACAGCAGACUCCUUAGAUCUCUCUUGGGCACCUCAGAUCGUUGCCUCGUGCGUUGGUAUAGGAUACAGAAACGUCGGUCUGAGCAGCUUCUAG